CACCUCCCUGCUGCGCCCCAAUGGGCACGAGGACCCGCCGUCGCCGAGGACUCUACUGGCGUGUUCGACGUGGAUUCCUUCUUCCACGACGAUGGUGACGGUGGCCUGCUUGCUCCCCCUCUUGGCGUCGCAGCUGAUGAAAUUGUGGUGCCUGCUCCAGCUCCUAGCGUCGCAGCUGAUGAAAUUGCCGUGCCUGCUCCAGCUCCUGGCGUCGUAGCUGAUGAAAUUGUCGUGCUUGAUCCAGCCCCUGGCAUCGCCGCAGAUGAAAUUGACGCGCCUGCUCCAACUCCCGCCGUCACCGCUGAUGCUGCUGCCGGUCCUGUCAAGAGGGGACACGGAUGGCCCCCCAAGCCCAAGGACGCCGUCGCAGAGGACUCCAGUGAUUUGCCCGCUGAAACUUCGCUCGUUGCUGUUGACGCCGUUGCCGAGCCUCCCAAGCGGGGAUGCGGACGGCCCCCCAAGCCCAAGGACCCCGUCGCUGAGGCUUCUGUCGUUGCCACUGAUGCCGCAGCCGUGCCUGCCAAGCAAGGCCGGGGACGGCCAUCGACGCCCAAAGACCCUGCUGCCAUGGGAACGAGUGGUGAGCCAACUGCUGCUGCUAAUGCGCCUGUCAAACGGGGGCGCGGACGGCCUCCCAAGCCCAAGGAUCCCGUUGCUCAGGCCACCACCUGGGCCACCAGUGGCAUGAUCGGCCCGCGCCCGCUUGGGCGGCCACCUAAGAAGGCCAAGGUUGAGGAAGCUUCCAUCAGCGCACCUGCUGCAGCUCCUGGUACUGCUGAGCCUGUCAAGCGUGGGCGUGGACGCCCCCCCAAGGUGAGGCAUUGAGGCUUGCAGCUAUUGGGGAGCCAUCCGAGUCUUAAACUCAAACCAUGGGAGUUGUUGAAUCCUGUGAUGACAAUGGUAGGAAGAUUAUGGUGUAG